UUUGAGUGAGAGAGGGAGGGAGUGAGAGAGGCAGGAAGCUGGUGGAGUUAGAGUUUGUUUUACAGGCUGGGCAGGGCCUCAGUGAGCGAGAGAGAGAGUGAUUGAGCGGACGAGUGAAGAGAGAGCGUGUAGAAUAGGAUCAGACGGGUAACGGAGCGAAAGAAAGAAGAGAAAUCAGACUCGAGGCUGCAGCAGUGGGAGGGAAAUGGCGCGUCUGGCCGCUCUCUCAUGUUUACUGACCACUCUCUCUGGACUGACGACAACCAGCGCUGAGCAGGAACCCGUCUUCACCGUCUGCGCGCGAGGUUUCUUCCUGAGUGAACAGAACACCUGUCUGCCCUGUAACUGUAAAGGCCACGCCCACACCUGUGAGGACAUCACUGGCAUCUGCAUCGACUGUCAGGAUCACAGCGUGGGCGAUUUCUGCCAGCGCUGCGAGGACGGAUACGUUCUGGAGGUUUUCCCAGAUGGCCGUCACGAGUGCCGCCCGUGCGCAUGUCCCAUCUCUCUGGAGUCCAACAAUUUUGCUGCUCACUGUGAUAAGAAGGGUGUUGUUCUGCGGUGUGUAUGUCAGGAAGGCUAUGCUGGACACUACUGCGAGAGGUGUGCUCCUGGUUACUAUGGUAACCCUAUGCGUGUGGGCGACUCCUGUAAGAAGUGUGACUGUAACGGGAACUCGGACCCAAACCUGAUCUUUAACGAGUGCCACAAUGUGACGGGGCAGUGCCUCCACUGCUGGAGCAACACAGCCGGACACAACUGCGAGAGGUGUGCCCCCGGUUACUACGGUGAUGCCAUCAGCGCCAAGGACUGCCGGGAGUGUCAGUGUAAUAAGUGUGGAACAGCGUCGUGUGAUGACAGAACCGGAGUGUGUCACUGUAAGCCGGGGGUCACAGGACGGCUGUGUGACCAGUGUGAGGGGGGUUACUCCGGUUUCGGCAGCUGUCAGGGCUGCCGGCGGUGCGAGUGCGCUCCCGCAGGGCUGAGGCCCACCUGCCACCCCCUCACACAUACCUGCCAGUGCCAACCGGGGACCGGAGGCCGAUACUGCGAGCGCUGUCUGCCGGGACACUGGGACUACAGCCCCAACGGCUGCAAGAAAUGCGACUGUCCCGAGGGAAGCUGCGACAUGCAUACUGGAGAGUGUUUACCGGAAACUUCUCAAGUUAGCGAGUGCAACGUUGACUGUGAUGAGUGUAUCUGGCAUCUGAUUGGUGACAUCAGACAGUCCAAUAAAACAGUGGUGCAGCUGAGGAACACUGUGCUGAACAUCUCCACUGGAGCUGCAGCUCACGAUCGCAUCAAAUACUACAACUACACGGCUCUCCGACUACAGUCUCAGUUUGUAGGAUGGAGGAAUAAGUCCUCAGUGCUGAGGAGGCAGACAGGCGAGCUGGAGGAAGCAGCAGCAAUGCUGCAAGCAGCUGGAGAACUACUGACUCUACAGGAGGACAGUGUGGCAUCUUUGGGGAGGCGGGUGGAUGAGGACACGCUGCGCAGCUCCACGCUGGCCGAGACGCUAACGGCCAAUCUGACCGCUCUUAAUGUCCUCCUAGAAGAUAUGAUCAGUGACUGGGAGCUGUACAGCGUCCAGCAGGAGAUCGACCCGGAGGUGCAGAAGCAGAAGCAGCUGGAGGCCGAACGGAUGCUGAACUGGAUCAGAGAGCUCGACCUCUCACCUAAAGAACCGCUCGCUACCCAGGAGUCCGCACAGGCUAACGAACUCCUGAAGCGUGUCCGGCAGAUGGAGAAGCGUGUGAUGGGAACUGAGGGUCGUGUUCCUGCAGUGCGAGAGCAGCUCAGCAGGUUCAGCUCUAAACUGUCUCAAGCUCAGAUCCUCAUCAACAAGGCUGAAGACACCCUGCAGCAGAGCUACGGCACCUACUCCGCUAACCAGCUCAAAGUGCAGCGUCUGCAGUUCCAGCAGCAGCGUCUGAUGGAGAAUUAUGAUGCUGUCAAUCAAACCAUGAUGAGAGCCAAUGAGAUCUAUUCAGAGGCGGAUGAGGGCGUGGUGGAGCUGGGCGUCAUGGUUACAAACGUGUCUGAGUACCAUGCGGAGGUGGACGGAGCGCGAGCUUCCUUACAGAACAGGAUCGACCAGCUUUCUAAGGUGGACACUGAGCUGGUACACCGAGCGACUGACCACGCUGAGGAACUGAACAGACACGCAGACGAGCUGCAGCAUAACCUGAAGGGCAGUGAUGCGAACGGAUUUGUGCAGAAAGCUCUGGAUGCGUCCAACGUGUACGACAACAUCGUCAAAUACAUCGAUGACGCCAACAUCACCGGAUUGACCACGUACAACCUAUCCAGACAGGCUGAAGAUGCCAUCAGUGGCAUUGAGACUCAGCUGGACUUCAUCAAAACUCAGAGUGACCACAUGUUUAAAGAGUCCGUCACACUGCACUCCGAGCAGCAGGAGGUGGAGCUGAACGUUGUCGACACUAUCAAAUACAUAGAAGAGACCAAAGAAAUGAUGGAAAGGUCCAGCAGACACCUGGCAGAUAUUCUUAAAGACAUCAACACUGUAAACGAAGGACGCAGGCCGUCCCAGCUGCAGCUCACUCAGGAGGAGGCGGCAGACAGUCUGAACCGGUCAGCGGAGGUGCUGAACACAGUGACCCCCAUCAGAGAGAGAGUGGAGGAGUGGGACAGGGACAUGAGGAGCAAUCUGUACUCCACACAGGCCUAUGAGCAGGCCGUCAGCUCCGCCCACGACACAGUGGAGAACCUGUCUGAGAUUGUCCCUGAGCUGCUGACUAAGCUGCGUGUCGUGGAGGAGAAGAAGCCGAUAAACAACGUCACCACCAACAUCAUGAGGAUCCGGGAGCUGAUCGCUCAGGCUCGCAGUGUCGCCCGCAAGAUCCAGGUGUCGAUGAAGUUUAACGGUCAGUCUGCUGUGGAGGUCCAGCCCCCGCCAAGUGCAGAUGAUCUAAAGGCAGUGACCUCCAUCAGCCUUUACGUUCGAGUGGAUCCAGACAAAGACCCCAUCGAGGAUCGAUUCCUGCUGUACCUCGGAGAUAAGAAUGGUCGUAAGGACUACAUGGGUCUGGCUAUAAAGAACGAUAACCUGGUGUUCGUUUAUAAUCUGGGAGGAGAAGAUGUGGAGAUUCCGCUGAGCUCCAAAGCGGUCAGCUCAUGGCCUCCAGUCUUCAACCUGGUCAGAGUGGAGAGGCUGGGUCGCCAUGGUAAAGUGUUCCUGACCGUGCCCAGCCAGCAGACCGUCGCCGAGCAGAAGUUCAUCCAAAAAGGUGAAGCGGGCGGCACAGACUCUCUGUUCCACCUGGACCCCAAAGAGACCGUCUUCAUCGUGGGGGGGGUUCCACCUGAUGUCAAGCUGCCUCCUGCUCUCAGUCUGGCUCCGUUUGUGGGCUGUGUUGAACUGGCCACUCUCAAUAAUGAUGUCAUCAGCCUCUACAACUUCAAGAAGCUGCACAAGAUGGACGUGGCAUCAUCACCGCCGUGUCCGAGGCACAAGCUGGCGUUCACUCAGGGCCGCGCCACCAGUUAUCUGUUUGAUGGAAUGGGUUAUGCUCUGGUCCAGAACAUUGAGAGACGGGGCAGAAUUGGAGUGGUCACCCGCUUCGAUAUCGAAGUACGAACAGUCUCCAAUGACGGCAUCCUCUUCCUCAUGGUCAACCAGGAGAAUUUCUUCGUGCUCGAGCUGAAAAAAGGGUUCCUGCGUCUGGUGUACGAUUUCGGCUUCGGUGAGGGUCCCAUCAUCAUGGAGAGCGACCUGCCCAAGCUGAAGAUAAACGACGCCAGAUAUCACGAGGUGUCAGUGAUUUACCACUUCUCUAAGAAGAUAAUUCUGCUGGUGGACAGAACUUUUGUGAAGUCGAUGGAGAACGAGAAGAAACUGCUGCCUUUCUCUGAUAUUUACAUCGGAGGAGCUCCGUCCAGCCUACUGCUAUCCAGGCCUGAGCUGUCCUCUCUGGUGGGUCUGAAAGGUUGUGUGAAGGGUUUCCAGUUCCAGAAGAAAGACUUUAACCUGCUGGAGGAGCCUGGAACCAUCGGCAUCAGCAGCGGCUGCCCAGAGGAAUCUUUUAUGUCCCGUCAGGCGUCUUUCACAGGUGAGGGUUACCUGGGCUCCACAGCCAAGAUUUCCCCGUUCAGCUCGUUUGAGGGAGGAUUGAACUUCAGAACGCUGCAGCCCUCCGGCCUGCUCUUCUACCACAGCGAAGGGGAGGAUGAGUUCUCUCUCUCGCUGGAGAACGGCGGCGUUGUGCUCCACUCCAGAGGAACCAAAGUCAAAUCAAACAGAAAGAACUACAGUGAUGGACGACCUCAUUUCCUGGUGGCUUUGGUCACCAAGCAGAAGUAUCAGAUUGUGAUUGAUGACAGAGAUAAGCAGGAGAAGAAGAAUCCGGAUCCCUCUCAGUCUGACAGUGCUCUGAAAGAGUUCUACUACGGAGGAUCUCCACACAGCCGAAUACAGAACUUCACCGGCUGCAUCAGCUACACUUACAUCAGCAGGCAGGACCGUGAUAUAGAGGCGGAGGAUUUUCAGCAUUACGAUGAGAAGGUGAAGGUUUCUCUGCAGGACUGUCCUGUGGAAAGACCACCAGCUGCUCUGCUGUCUGCAGACAGAAAACAGUCGGCGGCGUCCCGCAAGGUGGGCAGGGAUCAACCCGGCCUGCCACAGGGCAUUGUGGGACAGCAGGCUGACCUUCUGGCAGCUCCAGAGACAGAGGCCACACCCUGUGAACUGUCAUCACGCCCACGGGCCACCAGACAUGCCCACCAAUACAGCGGCUCCACCCACAGCAGACGGGAGUACAGGGGUGUCUCGGAGAGCAUCAGAGAGAGGUGUCACGUCUCCAUGUCUAUGAGAACCCGCUCAUCAUUCGGGGUGCUGCUGUACGUGUCUGAUGAGUCUGAUGAUGACUUCCUGUCCCUCUUCCUGUCGCACGGUAAACUCACCUUCACCUUAGGCUCGGGUCAGCAGGAGCUCCGCCUCCAAACCAUGGACACGUACAAUGACGGACAGUGGCACAACAUAAUCCUGGUCAGAGACGGUAAUGUGGGCCAGCUGGUGGUGGAUGGAGUGUUGGUGGUGGAGGAGAAGCUUCCAAACAGAAACAUCUCACUGCUCCUCCAGGAUCCGCUGUGUGUAGGAGGAGUUCCACCUGGACGGGCUCAGAAACACAUCCCGAAGAGGUCAGUGUCCAGUUUUUCGGGCUGUGUGAGGGGGCUUCAGCUGAAUGGACGCUGGAUCACCGCCAUGUCCCGCAGUUUUGGAGUCACACCCUGCUUUGAGGGUCCCACAGAGCCAGGGGCGUAUUUCUCGGAGGAGGGGGGCUACGUGGUGCUGGACGACACCUUCAGCCUGGGGGUGAAGUUUGAGGUGGUGAUGGAAGUGCGCCCCCGUGUGGCCUCAGGAGUGCUACUGCAUGUCUUCACUUCAGCAGAACAGUUUCUGACCAUCUACCUCCAUCAGGGCCAGGUGAUCGUGCAGGUGAACGGUGGAGCUGGGGGGUUCUCCACAAAUGUCUCACCCAAAGGGGGCAUCUGCGACGGAAACUGGCACAAGAUCACAGUGAUCAGAGACUCUAACGUGGUGCAGCUGGAUGUGGACUCUGAGGUGACCCAUGUGGUGGGACCUGUGACCCCCAGGGCUGAGACCCCCAGGGCGCCCGUCUUCAUUGGAGGAGCUCCAGACUCUCUGCUUCCUGUGGGUGUGAGCAGCAGGCGGGGCCUGACAGGCUGCCUGAGGAACCUUUCUGUGGGUGAAUCUGCUGUGAACCUCAGCAGGUCAGCGCUGGUCAUCGGAGCUGUGAGCCUCAGCGGCUGCCCGGCCGCCUGAUCGCCCGCCGCUUUCAGCAGAUCGUGACAUCAUCACUUGCUCUGAGCCGCCUCCACGUACUGCGUCUGACAUGUAAUCCCUCAGUCACUCCGGCUGCGUCCCAAAUCACACAAACACACUACACACUUAAAAUGAUGCUCCGUUCUUUAGUAGAGUACAUGUUUCUGUAUAGAGAGAACCCUGUCCAUGGAUAAAGGGUUCUUUGCUCUAUUUGAAAAGGGUUCUAUAUAACACCAGUAAGGGUUCUUCUAUUGUGACAAGCCUGAUAUCGUAAUAGAAGAACCCUUUUUGGUGCUAUAUGAAGGUUCUUUAUAGACUUAUCUACAGCAGAUUCUCUUAAGUCUAGACUCCGAAUCCAGUUUCCAGUCCUGGAUAUUGUGUUCACUGGUCACCAGGGCUGCGUUCAGCUGCACCAAACCGUGGCAAACCUUUAUUUAAAUGAGGACGUUGUCACGCCCACCAAACCAGAGACAGCACACCACACAGCUCACACCGAUUCACACACGUUUCACAACGAUUCAACACCGAUUCACACCAAUUCACACUGAUUCACACACGUUUCACACCGAUUCAACACCAAUUCACACCGAUUCAACACCAAUUCACACCGAUUCAACACUGAUUCACACUAAUUCGCACUGAUUCAGACUGAUUCAAACCGAAUCAGCACUGAGUCGCACUGAUUCGCACCAAUUCACACUGAUUCACACACAUUUCACGCCGAUUCACACCGAUUCAACACUGAUUCACCAGAGCAUGUCAUUCAACCCAGAAACUGUAGCAAAACAAUGCACAAUGUUUUAAGGCUUAAUGCACCCCAAGUUUCACUCAGCAGCGAUUACGAAAUCCAGGACCGGAAUGUGGAUUCAUCCAUGUGGUUGGGCACCUCAGCACUGGACACCGUUCAGUCCAAAAGCUUCGUCUUUAUAGGCGGAGCUGCUCCAACCACCGCUCCUCUCUCCUCUCCUCAACAGAGACAGCGGUCAGCUGGGUAACUGAGCCCCUGUGAUGACGGUGGGACUGGGUUUAAAAUAAAGGGUCACUAAAAUGUAAAUAAAGCAUAAUUUGGCUUUUUAAUGUGAAAGAUUGAAAUGACUAAAAAAGGUGGGAUGGUUAGCAUGCUUUUUGUUAAAGGGGCUCAAUCAAUCAAUCAAUCAGUCAAUCAGUUACGUCAGACGUUUGAUCUUCAGACGUGCACCUGGCGUGCGUUUCAGACGCAGCUGUUGAGUUUAUAAACACACCAUCUGUCUGAUGCUCAUCACUAACACAGCGCUUCCUCUGUCCUGAGUUCACUGCCUGUCCAGCGCCUCCGUCUGAGCGCUCUCUAGCUGCAGGACGCUGGGGUCCCCAGAGGAGCGGAGAGGGUCCUGAAGCUGAGCUGAGCGGCAGAACAUUCUGUCCUGUUUCUGUUCUGUUGUAUUAACAGUGUCUGACCUCCUGACCUCUUAUUACACACGUCUCUUCCCAAUAAAGACACCUCUGUAAACAGCU